CUCCGAGAAAAAGUAAAAGCCAAAACUGAGGGAAAAAAGGAUUCUCUGUCUAUAUAUAUUGGAGGUUGACAGUGACACAAGCACUAACAAGUUGAACAAGAAAUGGAAGACGACGAAGCGCAAGAGUUUGCAAUAUCAAAUCUGACAGAAAAAGGAAGGAUGGCAAACAAGAUAGAACUGACAGUAGAUGAAAUAGUUGAAAGGUUUGUUGGAUCAUUUGGCUUCUCACAGCUGCUGCAUGUGUUCUUGGUAUCACUCGCAUGGAUAUUUGAUUCCCAGAACAUGUUGAUCACUAUCUUCAGCGACGCCCAACCUGCUUCUUGGAGAUGCAUAGGUUCAUCAUCGUCAUGCAUUAAUAGCAGCAAUGAUGGCCGGGAUGCUUCUUCAGUCUGUGGGCUGGUGCCAGGUAGUUGGGAGUGGGUCGGGGGCAGUACAAGCUCUACCAUUGCAGAGUGGGGACUCAUUUGUGACAGAAAGUUUCUUGCUGCAAUUCCAGCGUCCCUCUUCUUCCUUGGUUCUCUUCUGGGGUAUGCUGCCUAUGGUCGCUUGGCUGACUCAUCGUUCUUGGGAAGAAAGAGAACGGUGCUCCUUUCAUGUCUCCUGACCUCCAUAACCGCUUUUCUCACCUCCCUCUCACCAAAUGUCUGGAUAUAUGCACUGCUCCGGUUUGCCAGUGGGUUUGCACGUUCAGGGAUCGGCGUAUGCUGUCUUGUCCUCUCCACAGAAGCUGUUGGCCACAAAUGGCAUGGUCAAGUUGGCCAAUACGGCUUCUUCUUUUUCACAUCAGGCUACCUUUCGCUCCCCUUGAUUGCUUAUCCCACCAGAACUAACUGGAGAAAUUUAUACAGAAUCAUCUCUCUUCUCCCUCUCCUCUACUCCCUCUUUAUACUCCCCUUUGUAUCAGAGUCACCGCGGUGGCUCCUCGUCAGGGGAAGAAGCAAAGAAGCACUCGAGGUCUUGGAAAGAUACGCGACACUGAACGGGAAGAAGCUGCCAACCAACCUGAGUCUCUCAGAGCCAUUCCCUUCCAAAAUGGUUGGUCAAGGUAGAAAAUCACUACCAACAUCAGACACACAAAUGAACCUGUGGACCACUAAAUGGGCUGCUAAAAGAAUUGCCACAGUGAUGGUGGUAGGUUUUGGAGUUGGCUUUGCCUAUUAUGGUGUCCAACUCAAUGUCGAAAACCUAAACUUCAAUCUCUAUUUCACCGUGGCACUAAAUGCAAUGAUGGAGAUUCCAGCAGUUUUUAUUGGCAGCGUGCUCUUGAGCUUCACAAAUCGCCGUCAACUCUUCUCCCAGUCAGCUUACGUAGCUGGAGUUUCAUGCAUCCUCCGCGUUGUUUUCUCCCAUGGUAGACAUGAAAAGACUGAUGAAUAUAAAUGGAGCUGCACACAACUGACAUUAGAAUCGAUAGGAUUCAUGGCUGCUUCAACAGCAUUUGAUGUGCUGUAUAUCUACUGCGUUGAGCUUUUCUCCACCAAUAUGAGAAACUUUGCUGUGUCUCUGUUGCGCCAAGCCUUGAUGUUAGGGGCUUCGCUCGCUCCUCUGCUAGUUGUUCUUGGCCGACAGAACCCCUCUCUUUCCUUUUUGGUAUUCGGGGCCCUUUCCAUCUUUAGUGGUCUGUUGAGUUUGUGGCUUCCUGAGACCAGGAAUGCUCCACUCUACGAGACAUUGGAGCAACAGGAGGAAGAGGAGAAGCUAAAUUAUGUCUCCGAAGAGUCUGGGUUAGAGCUUGGGAAGUAGACACAGGUGAUUAUUCUUUCGAACCUGCAAGAGUGAAUCCAAGAACUGCUCUACAAAAACAUCUUAAGCCGUGCAAGUUCUUUAAUUUGUAAAAUAACAGCAAUUAGAAGGGUUCAUCUACUAUAAGAUCACAGUGUUUAUAAGCUUAGGCCUGGUGCAGUCAAUAUCAGUAUCCAUAUCUGUGGUACCACAAUAUUUUUGAUGUGGAAAACCAAGUGUGAUUAUUUGAGGUGUUAUCAGUAUCAGUCUUGUUUUACACUAUAUCCUAGUCAUCACUCUCUAAAGCUUACUUUAUCUUAUUUUAUACUAUGUAGUAUAUACUAGUCAUCACUCUCUGAAGCUUACUAAAUCUUAUUGAAAAAUGGAGUAUACGUUGAUACUCAAGAGUAGCAUAUCAUGAUAUAAAUCCUUUCUCAUCAGGGCCUCUACCUG